AUGGGCGGCACAGGCAAAGGCGGCAGCAAGGGGAAGCCAGCGGCACAGGGCAAGUCUCUGAGUCCGCCACCAGUGGAGCAGCGCAGCAGCAGUCCGCGCAGUCCGCGCAGUCCGCGGCCGUGGCAAAGUCGCGAGAGUCCCCGCGAUCUCGCAGCCACGGGUGGGCUGGGCGUGGAGCACAGGGUCAUGGGCGGCACGGGCGAAGGCGGCAGCAAUGGGAAGCCGGCGGCACAGGGCAAGCCUCCGAGUCCGCCACCAGUGGAGCAGCGCAGCAGCAGUCCGCCGCCGCGCCGCAUCAGUAACGACAGCUCAGACCCUUCGACGCCUGAUGCCGUGGCGCCCGAGAACGUCACCGUGAGGGCGAAGAUUUGCUAUAUCUUCCUUGCCUUCUUCGCCUUCUGGUUCGGCGCCGCGCGCUUUGACAUGGACGGUGAUGGGGAUUUCGACGCAGCGGACGUGCAGGCCAUAAUGAACGGCGGGAAGAAGUUGUUGAAGCUCAACUUCUCGCGGCCUGUCACGAGCAAAAGGGCGAAGAAGGCGCGCCGGAAGAGGAUCGAGGCGAAGAGGAGGCAGAGAGAAGCUAAGGAGGAAGAGGCUGACAGGACGCACCAGGAGAUCGUCCGUAUGAGCAGGGAGGCGGGCGGUGUCACGGGGACUGUGGCGAACGUUUUGGAGCACGGUGCCCACAGCGUAAGGAGUUUGGCUGCGAAGGGCGACGCCAUCUUGGAUGCUGACGUCGAGGAGGAGGCUCAGGAGGACGAGAUCAUUGACAACCUAAGGCAGUUCUGGCCCUGGUUCACAAUCAUUGAGGUGCUCAUGUGCCUCGGCUUCUGGGGCGUGAACGCGUUCAACACGAGUGCCUACUCAUUACUGCAGUCCGACACGGUUAUCACAGACGACCUUAAAUUGACCGAGUACGUGAAAAAAGACCCGAACGAGCAGCUGUUCCUGGACAAUUGCAAGAACGAGUGCAGCGCUGCCGACGAGGCGUGCGUGGGCAUCGGCUGGAAGAGCGGGCCGUGGCCUGAGUGCUUCCUGCUGAGCUCGCUGCCGACCACAGAUCCAGCUUAUCCGCCCUGCCAGAAAGACGCGUGGGGCUGGCGUAUGUACGCGAAGCAGGCGUGGACCCCCUCCAUCAUGUUCUUCAUGAAGGGAGGCGUGGAGAGCAUUUGGCCCGGGUUCACCACCCUGGACGCUUACAACUUCUGCCACGAGGGCUACGACAUCAGCUUCCUGUAG